AUGGAGAGAUGGCACCGGCGGCCCGGCCUCCUCGCGGGGCUGCCGGCCCGGGUGGUCGCGCUCGCCGUCCUCCUGCUGCCGCCGCUGCUGCUGCUGCUGGCGCUGGGGCCGGUCUCGGCCGUGGCGGCGGCGGCGGCGGCGGCCGGCGCGGGGGCCGCCGAGGGCAAGGAGUGCGACAAGCCGUGCGCCAACGGAGGGCGCUGCCAGCCCAGCACCGGCCAGUGCGAGUGCCAGCCCGGCUGGGUCGGGGACCAGUGCCAGCACUGCGGGGGGCGCUUCCGGCUUACUGGACCUUCAGGGUAUGUAACAGAUGGACCUGGGAACUAUAAAUACAAAACAAAAUGCACAUGGCUUAUUGAGGGAUGGCCGAACACAAUCCUUAGGCUCCGCUUUAAUCAUUUUGCAACGGAAUGCAGCUGGGACCACUUGUAUGUAUAUGAUGGUGAUUCAAUUUACGCUCCAUUACUGGCUGCUUUUAGCGGCCUUAUUGUCCCCGAGAAGGAGAGCAACGAAACAGUCCCGGAGAUCGUAGCCACCUCUGGCUAUGCACUCUUGCAUUUCUUCAGCGAUGCAGCUUAUAAUUUGACAGGAUUUAACAUCACCUACAACUUUAAUGUGUGUCCGCACAACUGCUCCGGCCGAGGGGAGUGCAAGCUCACGAACAGCAGCAAAGUGGUGGAAUGCGAGUGUGCGGAACAUUGGAGAGGAGAGGCCUGUGACAUCCCCCAUUGCCCGGAAGACUGCGGUGCCCCAGAGCGAGGGCAGUGCGACGCGAACGGCACCCAGGGGUGCGUGUGCUUCUCUGGCUGGCAAGGUACUGAUUGCUCAGUUCCUGUUCCGGCGAACCGCUCGUUUUGGACGCACCAAGAGUUCUACAUCCCCAAACUUCCCAGAGCCUCCCACAAGGCCGUCGUCCAAGAUGACGUCAUGUGGGUGGUCGGAGGCUACCUGUUCAACCACACGGAUGCCGAGAUGGUUUUGGCGUAUGACCUUAAUUCCCAGGAAUGGCUGCCCCUGAACAGCAGUGUGAACGCGGUCACGAUCAGAUACGGGCAUUCGCUGUCCUUGCAUGAAAAUAAAAUCUACAUGUACGGAGGGAAGAUAGACGAAACGGGGAACGUAACCAGUGAGCUGUGGGUAUUCCAUAUUGCAAACCAGUCAUGGGUUCACGUGACCCCGAAGGCCAAGGAGCAGUACGCCGUGGUGGGCCACUCGGCGCACAUCGUCACACUGGACAGCGGCAGUGUGGUGAUGCUCGUCAUCUUUGGGCACUGCGCCCUUUACGGAUACAUCAGCAGCGUGCAGGAGUACAAUCUGGCAAGGAACACAUGGAGCGUUUUGCAGACGACCGGAGCCCUGGUGCAAGGAGGCUACGGCCACAGCAGCGUGUAUGACCCGAGCACCAAGUCCGUCUACACCCACGGGGGUUACAAGGCAUUCAGUGCCAACAAAUACAGGCUGACUGACGAUUUGUACAAGUAUGAAGUCAACACAUACAAGUGGACGAUUCUCAAAGAGAGCAAGCUCUCCCGAUACUUGCACUCUGCGGUGAUCAUCAGCGGGACCAUGCUUGUUUUCGGAGGAAACACUCACAACGACACCUCCAUGAGCCAUGGUGCCAAGUGCUUUUCCUCAGACUUCAUGGCAUAUGACCUGGCUUGCGAUCACUGGUCUAUGCUUCCUCUGCCUGACCUUCCCCACGAUGUCAACAGGUUUGGACAUUCUGCCGUGCUGAGCAACAACACCAUGUAUCUCUUUGGAGGCUUUAAUAGCCUCUUGUUGGGCGACAUUGUGAAGUACACCCCAGAAAGCUGUGAAGUGCACAACAACGAGACCUCCUGCGUGAGGGCCGGCCCUGGGCUCCGAUGUGUGUGGAACAGUUCCAAUUCCCAGUGCCUCCCCUGGGAAAUGGCCACGGCGCAGCAAGAACAAAGAGCGGCUGAGGAAUGCCCGCCCUGGACAGUUGUCGACCAUGAAAAAUGUGAUCAGAUUACAGACUGCUACAGCUGUACAGCCAACACAAACAAGUGCCACUGGUGCACAGACCAGUGUGUGUCGCGGAGCAGCAACUGCUCAGAAGACCAGACUCCCAUUGCUGCAUUUGAAAAUUGCCCAAAGGAUAAUCCUGCCUUUUACUGUAACAAAAAGACCAGCUGUAAGAGCUGUGGCCUGGACCAGAACUGUCAGUGGGAAAGCCGGAAUCAAGAAUGCAUUGCUUUGCCCGAAAACAUCUGUGGGGCGACGUGGCUCUUGGUUGGCAAUUCUUGUCUGAGGAUCACAAACACAAAGGACAGCUACGACAACGCUAAGCUAGCCUGCAGAAACCACAAUGCUGUCCUGGCAUCGCUCACGACCCAGAAGAAGGUGGAAUUCCUUCUCAAGGAGCUCCAGAAGACCCAGUCCUCGCACAAAGCCUUAACACCCUGGGUCGGGCUGCGGAAGAUCAACAUCUCGUACUGGUGUUGGGAAGAUAUGUCUCCUUUCACGAACACGUCGCUGCAGUGGCUGCCCGGGGAGCCGAGCGACAUCGGGUUCUGCGGGUACCUGGCCGAGCCAAGCAGCCGAGGGCUGAAGGCGGCCACGUGCAUCAACGUCGUGAACGGCAGCGUCUGCGAGCGGCCCGCCAACCACAGUGCCAAGCAGUGCCGCACCCCCUGCGGCUUGAGGACGGCCUGCAGCGAGUGCACGAGCAGCAACUCAGAGUGCAUGUGGUGCAGCGACAAGAGGCAGUGCGUGGCCUCCAACGCCUACGUGGCCUCCUUCCCGUACGGCCAGUGCAUGGAGUGGCACACCGUGAGCAGCUGUCCACCUGAAAAUUGUUCUGGCUACUUCACUUGCGCUCACUGCUUGGAGCAGCCUGGGUGUGGCUGGUGCACGGACCCCAGCAACACGGGCAAGGGGAAGUGCAUUGAAGGGUCUUCCAGAGGUCCAGUGAGGAUGCCGAAGCCGUCUCCACCUUCCCCGCCCACAGGAGGAAGCUCGUACCUGGAACCCGCCCUCGACGUCACCAUGUGUCUGACCGAGAAUAACUAUAACUGGUCUUUUAUUCAGUGUCCAGCCUGCCAGUGUAACGGGCACAGUAAAUGUGUCAAUGAGAGCAUCUGUGAGCGGUGUGAGAACUUGACGACAGGCAAGCACUGUGAGAGCUGCAUCUCUGGUUACUAUGGAGACCCCACCAAUGGAGGGACCUGUCAGCCUUGCAAAUGCAACGGCCACGCGUCCGUCUGCAGCACAAACACAGGAAAGUGCUUCUGUACCACCAAAGGGAUCAAAGGAGAGGAGUGCCAGCUAUGUGAGGUUGAGAACCGAUACCAAGGCAAUCCUCUGAAAGGAACCUGCUACUACACGCUUCUUAUUGACUAUCAGUUCACAUUCAGUCUUUCACAAGAAGACGAUCGCUAUUAUACAGCAAUCAAUUUUGUAGCAACGCCUGAAGAGCAAAACAGAGACCUGGACAUGUUCAUCAAUGCUUCUAAAAACUUCAACCUCAACAUCACUUGGUCAACGAGUUUUGCAGCUGGCACACAGGCAGGGGAGGAGAUUCCAGUGGUCUCGAAGAGCCAGAUCAGGGAGUAUAAGGACAGCUUCUCCAAUGAGAAAUUUGACUUCCGCAACAAUCCCAACAUCACUUUCUUCGUGUACGUCAGCAACUUUACCUGGCCAAUAAAAAUACAGAUUGCAUUUUCGCAGCACAGUAACUUUAUGGACCUGGUACAGUUCUUUGUCACCUUCUUCAGCUGCUUCUUGUCCCUGCUCCUUGUGGCCGCUGUGGUUUGGAAGAUCAAGCAGAGCUGCUGGGCGUCACGGCGGAGAGAGCAACUGCUCCGGGAGAUGCAGCAGAUGGCCAGCCGUCCCUUCGCUUCCAUCAACGUUGCCUUAGAAACGGAUGAGGAACCCCCGGAUCUCAUUGGAGGGAGUGUGAAGACUGUCCCUAAACCCAUCGCGCUGGAGCCCUGCUUUGGCAACAGAGCUGCUGUCCUCUCAGUAUUUGUGAGGUUGCCGAGGGGCCUCGGAGGGAUCCCCCCGCCGGGGCAAUCAGGUCUGGCGGUAGCCAGCGCUUUGGUGGACAUUUCACAGCAGAUGCCGAUCGCCUACAAAGAAAAAUCAGGAGCCGCACGGAAUCGCAAACAGCAGCCUCCAGCCCAGCCCGGGACCUGUAUUUGAUGCACGGACAUCAGAACUGCCCGUUUCGGGUUUUAAAAACAAGGGAGGGUGAGGAGACAGACUAAACCAUUGCAAAGCUCAAGGAGACCUCGGAGCACCCGGGCGUGGCUUCCGGAGUGCCCAGCCCUUCCCCUCAGCACCGUCUUAGCUGGCUUCUUUGGUCAUCUACUCCAUCCUGGGUUUGCCGCUCCAUUGUACCGUAUGGCUCCACGGUUUUUGUUGCUCUCCUCUGUCCAGUUAAAGGCCAUUUAUUGCAAGUCCGUUAGCAUCUGCCUCCCCCUGUGAAGGCCGACGGGAACUGGGAAGAGCCACGUGAGGACAAAGGACUCUUGGCUUUUAUAUGUGGAAAGUGCUUUGUGGUACUCGAUUUUUUUUCUAGGUCGUACAAGAAACAAUGCAGCACUUAACAGAUAAUUUUCUGCCCUCAGCAGUUAAACUCUAGGAUUUAAGGAGAAGCUAACUGAAUUUUCUCCGGGAUCCUGAUGUUAUGAACAUUCUAUUUAUUUCUUUCUUACGUAGAGCUCUCUUCCAAACACAAUAUAUUCCUUCUUUUGGGGUUA